UCAGUUUCCAAAAUUAGGACUGAACUUAAUAUUAUUCUACACAAAAAAGGUUGCCUGAAGGAAUCAUGGUGAUCAGAGGGGCAUGCACUCUACGGAAAAGGCAAGUCCUCCUUUUCUUUGUUUUGCUGGGGUUGUCGCAGGCAGAUACUCAAUCCAAACGCUAUUCUGUGGCAGAAGAAACAGAAAUUGGCUCUUUUGUGACUAAUUUGGCAAAGGACCUAGGGUUAGUGGUAGAGGAGAUGUCCUCACGGGAGGCUCGGGUAGUGUCUGAUGAUAAUGAAAAACAUUUGCACCUUGAUUUGAGGACGGGAGAUUUACUCCUAAAUGAGAAACUGGACAGAGAAGAGCUGUGUGGUUCUACUGAUCCCUGUGUGCUGCAUUUUCAGGUUGUAUUAGAAAACCCCUUACAAUUUUUUCGGGCUGAGUUGAAUGUCAGAGAUAUAAAUGAUCACUCCCCUACAUUUCUGGACAAGCAAAUACUUAUUAAAAUAUCAGAAAGUGCUACUAUUGGAACCACAUUCUUAAUAGAGAAUGCUCAGGAUUUGGAUGUAGGAAACAACAGUCUCCAAAAUUACACAAUAAGCCCCAAUUCUCAUUUCUCUAUUAAAAUUCAAGAAAAUGAAGAUGGAAAGAUAUACCCAGAACUUGUCCUAGAUACAGCAUUAGACCAUGAACAGGAACCUGAACUUAGAUUGACACUCACAGCACUGGAUGGUGGAUCUCCACCCAGGUCUGGGACAACUUUGGUUCUCAUCAAAGUUUUGGACAUCAAUGAUAAUGUCCCUGAGUUUGUCCAGAGUCUCUAUGAAGUGCAAGUCCAAGAGGAUACACCCAUUGGCUCCUCGAUUAUCACCAUCUCUGCCAAAGAUUUAGAUACAGGAAAUUAUGGGAAAAUAUGGUACACAUUUUUCCAUGCAUCAGAAGAUAUUCGUAAAACCUUUGAAAUCAACUCGAUAUCUGGGGAAGUUAACUUGAGAUCACAACUGGAUUUUGAAAUAAUACAGUCCUACUCAAUAAAUAUUCAAGCUACAGAUGGUGGAGGUCUCUCCGAAAAAUGCACUCUUCUAGUUAAAGUAUUAGAUAUAAAUGACAACCCACCCGAAAUGACAAUUUCAUCAAUUGCAAAGACAAUCCCAGAAAAUUCAUCAGAGACCCUGGUGGCUCUUUUUAGUGUCCGAGAUCAAGACUCUGGGGACAAUGGAAGGAUCCUUUGCUCUAUUCAAGAUGACAUCCCUUUUAUCUUGAAACCCACCUUCAAGAACUUUUUCACUCUAGUUUCUGAAAAAGCACUGGACAGAGAGAGCAGAGCCCAAUACAACAUCACCAUCACAGUCACUGAUUUUGGCAUACCAAGGCUGAAAACCGAGCACAGCAUACUAAUCCUCGUCUCCGAUGUCAACGACAACGCCCCUGCCUUCUCGCAGACGUCCUACACGCUGUCGGUGCGCGAGAACAACAGCCCCGCCCUGCACAUAGGCAGCGUCAGCGCCACAGACAGAGACUCAGGCAGCAAUGCCCAGCUGACCUACUCGCUGCUGCCGCCCCAGGACCCGCACCUGCCCCUCGCCUCGCUGGUCUCCAUCAACGCGGACAACGGGCAGCUGUUCGCGCUGAGGGCGCUGGACUUCGAGGCCCUGCAGGCGUUCGAGUUCCGCGUGGGCGCCACAGACCGAGGCUCGCCCGCGCUGAGCAGCCAGGCGCUGGUGCGCGUCGUGGUGCUGGACGACAACGACAACUCGCCCUUCGUGCUCUACCCGCUGCAGAACGCCUCUGCGCCCUGCACCGAGCUGGUGCCCAGGGCGGCAGAGCCGGGCUACCUGGUCACCAAGGUGGUGGCGGUGGACGGAGACUCGGGCCAGAACGCCUGGCUGUCGUUCCAGCUGCUCAAGGCCACGGAGCCCGGGCUGUUUGGCGUGUGGGCGCACAAUGGCGAGGUGCGCACCGCCAGGCUGCUGAGCGAGCGUGACGCGGCCAGGCACAGGCUGGUGGUGCUGGUCAAGGACAAUGGCGAGCCGCCGCUGUCUGCCAGCGUCACGCUGCACGUGCUGCUGGUGGAUGGCUUCUCGCAGCCCUACCUGCCGCUGCCGGAAAUGGCGCCGGAGCGCGCGCAGGCCGACUCGCUGACAGUCUACUUGGUCAUCGCCCUGGCCUCGGUGUCAUCACUCUUCCUCUUUUCGGUGCUGGUGUUUGUGGCGGUGAGGCUGUGCAGGAGGAGCAGGGCAGCGCCGCUGGGUGUGUGCUCUGUGCCUGAGGGCCACUUUCCUGGUCACCUGGUAGAUGUCAGUGGCACUGGCACUCUGUCCCAGAGCUACCAGUAUGAGGUGUGUCUGAUGGGAGGUACUGGGAUAAAGGAGUUCAAUUUCCUGAAGCCAUAUAUUCCCAAUCCUGAAGCCCAUGAUACUGGUAGGAAUAUGGGAGACGACGAGAACUUUGGGAAUAGCUUUGGAUUCAGCGGUCGAUAAAACAAUUUCUUAAAAACUUUUAAUCUUUUAUUUUACUUGGCAAACUGUUGAUACUUUUAUUCCUGCAGAUACUUUAAUUCCUAAUUCGCAAUGGAUUUUAGGUUGUACUCUAUUUGCAUGCAUUAUUUCUCAUGGUGUUCUGAUGGUUGCUUUAAAAUUUUUUUUGGUUGCUAUAAUGAUAAUAAAAUAUAAUCUGCUCUUUGUAAAAAAUUUUAUAUAUAGAUUUGUGUUGGGUACUGGGGAUUGA